GAGGAUACCCCUGUAUGCCCCGAGAACGAGGCGACAAAAUAAUAUCACGUGAUCCAAAAUGGGCAGUCCUCUGACGGAGCUGAAAAAAGCCAUUUUCUGGCGCUGCUGCAAAUUCUGUCCAAGUCCAAAUAAUUAACCUGGAUCCUCGCUGUGAGGAGAGGGAAACUUUUAUGUCUGAUCAGAUCAGUCCAGAUGGAUAAAAUGCAGCCAAACCGGGUCAAAAUCACAGAUCUGAAUCCACACCUCACAUGUCCACUGUGUGCUGGCUACUUAAUUGAUGCUACCACCAUCGUAGAGUGCCUGCACUCUUUUUGUAAAACUUGUAUCGUUGCCUUCCUGGAGACAAAUAAGUUCUGCCCUCGAUGUGACGUCCAGGUUCAUAAGACAUGUCCACAGCUCAGUAUCAGAGCGGACAAAACUCUUCAAGACAUUGUAUAUAAGCUUGUUCCAGGGUUAUUCAAAGAUGAGAUGAAACGGAGGCGGGACUUCUAUGCAGAGAAUCGUGUGCUGGAACCAGGGGAAGUGGUGGAGACGUUUAACAUUGCAGAGGAUGAAAUCAUCAGUUUGUCCAUACAGUUCUAUGAGAGGAACAAAAAUAAUGAGAUGCAGCGUGCAGAGAUGGAGGGAGACAAGUCCAAUGGUAAACGCUUCCUGCAGUGCCCAGCAGCCAUGUCCGUCAUGCACUUAGCAAAGUUCCUCCGAAGCAAGAUGGAUAUCCCCAACAACUACCGGGUGGAGGUGUUGUAUGGAGACGAGCCGUUGAAGGACUACUACACACUAAUGGACAUCGCUUACUUCUAUGAAUGGAGACGGACUGGACCCAUCCCCCUGCAGUACCUGGUCAAACCCAACCGGAAGCGCAGGAGGGCGUCCCAGUCUGCAGCCCAGGGCCACUCUGACGGCGUCAACACUAGCCCGACGUCAGAGAGCGACUCCCAGAGCGACAAAGUCCACAGUCCUGCUGCAGCCCAACCGCCCCGAGCCUCGUCUCAGUCCAGCCCCGCAUCCCACAACCCAUCCCCUGCCAUCCAAAGCUCCAACGGUCCCACUGUGCCCAACAACACUCAGCGACACACACUCGCCUCCAAACAGGGCACCAACACUCGCAAGGUGACUGUCAACGGCACAAGCUCCGGGGCCGGCAAAGAGGAGGCAAGGGGAGGGGACAAAAGUGGUUUGCCUCCGACGACCUAACGUGCACAGAGGGCAGCGGGGAGGACAGUGUUUGAAUUGCUCCCUUUUAUUAUUUCUACAGCGCAAACAGACAAGCUCCAGCUGUCUUUCUUCUGGACAAACAGGAGGCGGAUUAUUGUCAUCACCUUUCAGCAGGACAGACUGAAAAGUGCAGCCAAAUAGACACUUGUAUGGUGGUAUGUGUGUGUGUGUGUGCGUGCGCGUGUGUGUGUGUGUUUAUGUGUGUUAGACUAGAACAGUGCACACAUACAAACUGUACAGUAUGUAUCAAAUGUGAGCAUGUGUGCAUACAUAUGUAUAAACUUAUCUUUUAUACAAGAUAUUGUAAUCGUUUUGUAUUGUAUAUGCAGUGGGUCUGUUUCAUUUCAUAGUUCCAACAGCAUCAUUCUGCUCCGUAAAAAGCUGAGACAAAAAGCUGCAAGGCGCUGCAGUGUGAGUCACUGCAGGAGGUGGAUGUUAAGAGAAAAAAGAAGCUAAUCUUUGCCUUUAAACAGUCAUGUUGAUAACUGCUGUAUAAGUGUCCAGUAUACGCAAACACUCAUCAGGUAACACAGGUACAUUACAUUUAACUGUUGAUGCACUUUGUCAAGGUCAGAUCACUCAAUCCAAAACUGAGUUUUGUCCAACAGGAGAAGCAUUUUCAUUUUCAUAUGUCCAAGCACUACCACUCUCACAAGCAGACAUUUGUGAGCUUAACACAUUCUUUCUCUUGUGGCAGUUGAAGAACUCAAAAGGGAUUUGGAUAUUUGGCCAUGUAUGUUGUAGUUCCAUAAAGUUCAACAUUCCUUUUGUUUCUUUUCAACACACAAUGAUACUUUUUUAUCAGCCAUAUGUGCAUGUUUUAGGUCAAUAAAAUGUUUACUUACUAGGUUUUUCUGA